GUGUUUUUCCACUCUCCGAUAUUACCCAUAUAAGACACGAGGGUCGGAGAGAGAGAAAGAGAGAAAGAGAGGACGUCAAGAUUGUUUGUAGUUGCCUCAACGGUUCGCGCGCGCACACAAACACACUCCCUCCCUCACACACACACACGCGCGCACACACACACCGCACAAAGAAACGGCAGGACAAGAAGAGACUGAGCAAUAAAUCCAGGACACAGAGCUGGACAGUGUACACCCAUAAACAACAACAGUAGAAGUUGCUACACACCUAAAGUGAUACGAGUGUGAACACGGAUUAUGAUGUCCUUCCUCUGAGCUGAACUUCAGCCUGGUUUUGACUCUGGUAAACUCGCAGAAGCCUUGUGUUUUCCUGCCUUGGAUUAACCGUUGCCUGCUGCAGCCGUGUCGGUUUGCCCUCGCUCUCACAGUAUAAACUGGUCCAAUAGGUCGAUCAUCAGCCACCGUCAGGCCACCAUGGCUGAUAUGGCACAGAAAGAGAAGCUUCAAUGUCUGAAGGAUUUCCAUAAGGACACGCUAAAGCCAUCUCCGGGUAAAAGUCCAGGCACGCGGCCAGAGGACGAGGCAGAGGGAAAACCUCCACAGAGGGAGAAAUGGGCCAGCAAACUGGACUUCCUGCUCUCCGUAGCCGGCGGCUUUGUUGGAUUGGGGAACGUCUGGCGUUUCCCGUACCUCUGCUACAAGAACGGUGGAGGUGCAUUUCUCAUCCCAUAUUUCAUCUUCCUGUUUGGUGGAGGACUUCCCGUGUUCUUCCUGGAGGUGGCGCUGGGCCAGUUCACCUCUGAAGGAGGGAUCACCUGCUGGGAGAAACUCUGCCCCAUCUUCACUGGAAUUGGCUACGCAUCCAUUGUGAUCGUGUCCCUGCUGAACAUCUACUACAUCGUGAUCCUGGCUUGGGGUUUGUAUUACCUGCUGCAGUGUUUGCAGAGAGAGCUGCCGUGGGCACGCUGUCACCACAGCUGGAACACCCCCAACUGCGUGGAGGACACCAUCCGCAAGAACAAAACCCUCUGGCUCUCGGCCAACGUCACCAACUUCACCUCGCCCGUGACUGAGUUCUGGGAGCGUAACGUGCUAAGUUUGUCGUCUGGGAUUGAUGAGGUAGGUGAGCUGAAGUGGGAUCUUGCCCUCUGUCUGCUCGCCGUCUGGGUCAUCUGCUUCUUCUGCAUCUGGAAAGGAGUGAAAUCCACCGGCAAAGUGGUGUAUUUCACUGCUACCUUUCCGUUUCUCAUGCUCAUUGUGUUGCUGGUGCGAGGUGUGACUCUGCCCGGUGCUGCCGAGGGCAUCAAGUUCUACCUGUACCCUGAUCUGAGCCGCCUUCAAGACCCUGAGGUGUGGAUCGAUGCAGGGACUCAGAUCUUCUUCUCUUAUGCUAUUUGUCUUGGUGCAAUGACUUCACUAGGAAGCUAUAAUAAAUAUAAAUAUAAUUGCUAUAGGGACUGCUUGUUGCUGGGAUGCCUGAACAGCGGGACCAGCUUUGUGUCUGGGUUUGCCAUCUUCUCCAUCCUGGGUUUCAUGGCACAGGAGCAGGGCGUGGCCAUCUCCGAUGUAGCUGAGUCAGGUCCCGGAUUGGCCUUCAUUGCUUAUCCAAAGGCAGUCACUAUGAUGCCACUGCCCACUUUUUGGGCUAUACUCUUCUUCAUCAUGCUUCUGCUGCUGGGCCUAGACAGUCAGUUUGUAGAAGUGGAGGGUCAGAUUACCUCCUUGGUGGACCUGUACCCAUCCCUCCUAAGGAAGGGAUACCGGAGAGAGAUCUUCAUCGCUGUCAUCUGUGUCAUCAGUUACCUGGUGGGACUCACCAUGGUCACUAAUGGUGGCAUGUAUGUGUUCCAGCUGUUUGAUUACUAUGCAGCCAGCGGUGUGUGCCUUCUCUGGGUUGCAUUCUUUGAAUGUGUGGCAGUAGCCUGGGUUUAUGGCGCUGAUAAUUUCUACGAUGCUAUUGAGGAGAUGAUUGGCUACAGACCAAACAGUUGGAUGAAAUGGAGCUGGAUGUUGAUCACUCCGGUGCUGUGUGUGGGCUGUUUUGUGUUUUCGUUGGUGAAAUACAAACCCCUCACUUACAACAAAGUGUACGAGUAUCCCGAUUGGUCGAUCGGAGUGGGUUGGUGUCUGGCUUUGACCUCGAUGAUCUGCAUCCCCAUGGUGGUGGUCGUCAAAAUCAUCCAAUCGGAUGGUUCACUGAUUGAGCGGAUCAAGGCCGUGGCGGCGCCGGUGAAAGGAGCGAGCUCUCGUCCGAAAGACUGCGUCCUGAAGAACAGCGAGCUGCUCCACCCGCUCGACCCUAACGGCACUUACGCCCUCACCAAACACACUCACACCAUCGUAGAAACUACAAUGUGAGACUCUCUAUGAGAGAACCGCGUUCCCUUUUCUCCUCUUUUAAAACUCCUUUUCUCUCCUUUAGUCCGAUCAGACUGCUUCAUAGUGUGUUCUAGUCGUAUUUUUACACGAGGAGGUUUUAAAACAAACAAACAAACAAAAAAAAACCUCCUAAUAAUAUCCUUCGCUGUUUAGGAAUUUUAUUAUUAUUAUUAUUAUUAUUAUUGUGGUAUUAUUCUUGUUGUUAUCGGUGUAAUCAUUGCUAGUAACGCUAAGAUUUGUUGAGGUCGAAGCCGUGAGAGACGCCUCGUCUUCUUCGCACGGGCAAAGAGAGACGGAUGGGAACUGUGAAAGUUGUUUAGAAGGAUAUUGAGCCUUGUUUUGUUUUUGUUUUUGUUUUUGGGGUUUUUUGUUGUUUUGUUUUGUUUUUUCAAGAAAAA